GAAGAACUUUAUAAGCGGCCAUUUAGGCAGCUGGGAGGGACAAGGAGUGGGGCAUUACAACCAGUAUAACUUCUCAUACAUUUUCAGUCCUUUAAUGGUCAAUCAUUGUGAAUUCACUCGUAGAAAUUAUCAUCUAGGUGGGGGGGGAAGCGUUAGUGUCGUUAUUACAUCGUUAUUACAUCGAGUUUCGCGAUUUUAAACGUUGCACUACAGAGGAAGGGAACAGGACGCACGUGCGCUGCCAAGAAAAACGACAAUGAAAUGGCCGACUCCUUCGCUGUCUCAGGCUUUCCGGAGACGAUGGUGGAUGGCAGGCUCAGCAGUGGUGGAAAAUCUGGGAUUUUCUGCUGUGCUGCUCGGUUGGGGAUCUCUGCUCAUCAUGCUGAAGAGCGAGGGCUUUUACUCACACCUUUGCACAGAAAAUGAGACGGAGGUGGCUAAUGUUAGUACUGAGCUACAUGAAGACUAUCUCAGUUGUGUAGAGCAGGAGGAGAUGCUCAACCUGGGCUUUACCAUUGGCUCCUUCCUGCUCAGUGCUGCCACACUGCCACUUGGCAUUCUCAUGGACCGAUACGGGCCCAGACCACUGCGUCUGACCGGGAGCGCCUGUUUCGCUCUAUCCUGUGCAAUGAUGUCUGUGUCUGCAUAUCAGCCUCAAGUCCUCUCUGCCCUCAUCUUCCUUGCUCUGUCGCUCAACGGCUUCGGAGGAAUCUGUUUGACCUUCACAUCUCUCACGCUGCCCAACAUGUUCGGGAGCCUCAGCUCCACCGUCAUGUCACUGAUGAUCGGCUCUUACGCAUCCUCCGCCGUCACUUUCCCUGGAGUUAAGCUGAUAUAUGAUGCUGGAGUUUCGUUCACUGUGAUCAUGUGGGUUUGGUCAGCUCUUGCCAUCCUCAUCUUUGUCAACUGUUUGCUGAACUGGCCAGCAGAGGCGUUCCCCACACCGGAGGAGAUGGAGGAGAUGAAGAAGAUGCGCUCAGGUGACGAAUCUCAGAAAUACGCUCUGGAGGAGAAAAAAGAUCAGCUCAACCACUCAAGUGACAAACUGAAUGAUGCAGCCCAAAGUGCAACACCCUCCGUUCCUUUCCGUCGCUCUGUUUUUUCUCCCAUCUUCCUGUGGAGUCUUAUUACCAUGGGGAUGACUCAGCUGCGUAUCAUCUUUUACAUGGGUGCCAUGAACAAAUUGCUGGAGUUUAUGGUCACGCAUGGAGACCCUCACCCUUCUGAGGAACUGGAACAGUUAGCUGAAGAGAAAGUGAGCUUUUAUUCAUCCAUCUUCGGAACACUGCAGCUCCUCUGCCUGGUCACCUGCCCUCUGAUCGGAUACAUCAUGGACUGGAAGAUGAAGGAGUGUGAAGAGGAGCAGAGCCCUACAAAGGAAGAGCAACGCACUUCUACCUCCAAACCGAAGCGUGACAGAAAGAUCCAGAAACUGACAAACGCCAUUAGAGCCUUCACUUUUACCAACCUUCUGCUCGUCCUGUUUGGCAUCAUGUCGCUCAUUGACAACCUUCCACUACAGAUCUUGACGUUUAUCUUGCACACCAUGGUCCGAGGUUUCAUCCACUCCUGCUGCGGGGGACUGUACGCUGCUGUCUAUCCAUCUAAUCACUUUGGCACUCUGACCGGUCUGCAGUCUAUGAUUAGCGCCGUGGUCGCCCUGCUGCAGCAGCCGCUCUUCAUUGCGAUGUUGGGACCACUGAAAGGAAACGGCUACUGGAUCAACGUCGGCCUGCUGAUCUUUUCACUGGCCGGCUUCCUGUUGCCCGGAUACCUGCUCUACCACCGCCGGAACCUGGUGCAGCAGAAGGCAUUACGGGACAAGGCCUCAUUAGAGACUCAGGCUCUCAGCCACCCAGAAACCAACGGCAUUAACGGACACGCACCCCAGGAAGCCUAAGCCUUUAUACAAACCGAGGAACAAUCACAGAAAUGCAUUUUAACGUGGAAAAGUGCAAACUCAGCAUACACAGAUCCGCAUUAGUCGUUAUUAGCUUCACAAGGUGGUGCUGAAUUUUUCAUUCAAGCCAUACAAUUUCAUACGAGGACUUCUAAGCAUUACACACACUAGCGUGCAAGAUUUAUGAAUAAUGCCAUAUUCACGGUUUUUGUUUUUCCUUGUAUUUAUUUUGUAGCUUGAAAUCUAAAGGCUGAAAGCACCCCGUAUAAACGCUCUACUCCACUUGACCGUAGACAAGCUACCUCGUCGCCUCCGUCUCGCUGAGCCGGUUGGUCAGUUUGUCUGUAAAAUGUACGUUGUCGUCCACUAAAAGAGCGUUUAUGUAGAUACACACCAUGAUUUCAUUUUAUUGUCUUUUUGUCGUGAAAAUGAGAUAUAUAUCGAAACAUUAAUGCAUCAUUUCAAGCAACAAAGACAGUGGAAAGGGAUAUUAAAGGAUUUAUGUGCAUACUCUAACAUUUUUACUCUAAUUUUAACUAGCCAUGAAUGGACAUAUGAAAUCUGUGCUUUUAUUUGUACUUUGGAAGGGUCAUUUUCUUUCUUUCUUCCUGUUUUUCUUAUUUCAUAUAUAUGCAUUGCUACUAUUGUAUUAUUUUAGUGUGAUAUCGAACUCGCUCUUUGUAUUUACUUGCGCCUGCCCGUGUGAUAGCAGCAGUGGACAAAUCAUACGGAAUCCUUCAACAAUCAGGGGUCAGUGUGACAUGUCACACGAAGACAUGUUACUCUUUUUUUUUUUUCCGCCGCACUUUUGCCUUCGAAGCCAAAUUUCACUUUGUUCGGUCUGUUACGUGUGUUUUGUGUGGAACCCGUGCCUUAUAAAAAAAAAUCUUCUGCUUUUUAUAUCUUAGAAUGCACAGGAUGGUUCACGGAUGCAACCAAAGCUAUUCCAGCCUCGUUGUGGAGGUCACUAAAGCCAUAAGGGGGAAAAAAAUUU